AUGUCAGAGACCACAUUAGCUGGUGAUUCGUGGCGCGGCUCACCACACGUUGUUGCAACACCAACUGAAUUCUCGUCUACAACAGACGUGCCUUCUGCCACACCAUCGACACUUGUUGAUAUACUAUCCUCACAACCACAGUAUUCGUAUUUUUUGCGACAUCUUCAAAGACAGGGUAUGAUUCCAGUAUUGAAUACAUUGCUGAAUGUUACCUUAUUAGCCCCUAUUAACCUGGCGUUUGUACACGCGAAGGACUAUGAAAUAGGCAACAAUGAAUUAUUAAGAUAUAUUGUUAGUCCGAAAUUUAGAGUGGGGCAUCUUGGCAAGAAACGAGUCUUGUUUGAUACAUUAUAUGAAACUGAGGAAGGUUCCGGAGUUUACUAUCCUAUCAGUGUAACCCCUGAUUUUGAAACAUAUGAGUAUCUAGUUGAUGACAUUGCCAGUAUAGUUGAACCAGAUAUCUAUGCCAAACACCAACAUUCAUUUAUAGAGGGUAUAGAUCAUUUGCUCCCUUUGAAACCAUCCUUGUGUGAAGUUUUAUUGGAUAAUGCCGACAUACUGGAUUUGCCUUUGGAUCGUAUGACAUUUAUCAAGCAUUUAUUUCAACUGUUGUACCUUGAGGAUGAUGAUGAUGAUGAGGAUGAAGAAGGCGUCAAGAAGAAAAAGGAAGAAGUACCAAAGGAACCUCCCAUUCCUGAAACUUGUGAAGAAUUUCUUAAAGGUUUUGAAACAGUUAUGAUUCCUACUGAUGAUUAUAUUGAGCAAUCUUUGUCUGAACUUCAAAUACGAUACUAUCUUGCCAAUUACCAUUCGUUCACCACCACUAUUUUUUCAACCACGGAUGAAGCCAUCAAAGAAAUAGACAGAGAUAUAUUCAACCUUUUGUCCAAUUUAAUGGUUCCUGGAUUAAUUGCCGGAGUUAACGGCACCGAUACCCAAAUAAAAUCCAAGGCUGGAAUUAAAUUAGAAAUUAAUUUGAAUAAAGAAGGUGAUGGAAUAAUUUUGAAUAACAGAGCAUACAGUAAUCACACAAAAGUAUUAUCUGAUGGAGUUGUACAUAUAUUUGAUACCCAAAAGCAUUCAUUCUUUAAUGAUUUGAAUCUUCCAACUGUUGAAUUAAUCCCAAGGAAAUCACUUUAUGCCAUGCAUUUUUCUAAUUUUGUUAAAGAAUUAAACUUUAGAUCACUUGAUGAAUUAGUUGAUGGGUCUACGGCAAACCAAACCUUAUUUGUUAAUAUGGAUCUGCGUGAUGAUACUUCAGACGACGAGUCAUCGGUUACUAUUCAAAACACUCUCAGUUUCAGUUCCAAACAGCAACUACUCUACCAGUUUGCAUCCGAUCCAAUAUAUCUUGAAGAAAAUAGUUAUAGAUUGGUCGAAAGUUUACUUUGCUCGAAAAGGAAAGUAGGAGGUUGUUUCAAACUUAAAUUAUCCACGUCUUUAUCCAAUGGUGUUCGGGAAACUACAAUCAAUGAUGACGUGAAUAUUGUUGGUGGUCCAAUAGAAAUCGGAAAUGGAACCGUGUUAUAUUUAGCACAAGGUGAAAUUGACCCACCUACAUCAUUAAAACAUGCCUUGGGUGAUUUAAUAUCCGAAGGCAAGAUCCAUAGACAUCUUGAGAAUAUAGAAAUUGAUAAGAAAAGUUGUCUUAGAACAUUAGAAUAUUUGAAUAACUUUGGAUUAAGUUCAUUGGAUGAUAAUGGGGAUGGCUAUUCAGUAUUGUUGCCAUGUGGUAUUCCUAGUAUUGGUGCCCAUAAAGCCAAGACUACCGGUCUUUGGAAGGAAUUGGGUUUGGCAUUAAAUUAUCUUGAAGCUAACCCAAAACUUUUCAAGGAGAUUUUGGGAGGCAUGAUAUUUCAAGAUGAUAUAUAUUCAGAUUUUGGGUUGACUGGCAAGAAGAAAUCUAUAACUUUGGAAGAUAUGAAUGGAUAUGAUGUUAAAAUGAAACAUGUUGAAAGAGAUGAGGAUGGUAACAAUGUCAUCAAAGUAAAUGAUACUGAAAUCUCCAUCCCAAUAAAUUCAGAUAUACUUUUUAAUCAAGGGGUUAUUCAUGUCGUUGAUAGACUUUUGUUGCCUGAAUCUUUCCAUAUUCCAUUACAAGAAUUGAUCAACUUGACUUUAGAUUCUAAUUUUCCAGACCAUUCUUUUGCUGAUCUUUUGAAAAUGUUUCCUAAAAUCAGAGAGGCGUUAGGUUUAGGUCAUUCUAAUUUCACUACCACUACACCAUACUCGUUAUUGAUACCUAGUCUGGAGGCAUUGAAGGAUUUCAAUAUCACCACGUCUUUCAGUGACCUCAUGAAUUUCAUCGAGUUCCACCUUGUUCCUAAUGAAGAAGUUAGCAAACUAUUGAAUUGUAUUUCUGGUAAUGGAGGUUAUGACUCGUUCGACAACAUAACAGAUGAUGAUAUUAUUAGAACCAAUUAUACUGAUGCUGGAUUAGCAUGCCGUUACAAAACAAACAAUAAAAUCUACUUACAAUUUCAAAAGCUAGAGCAGAACUCAACUGUGAAACUGCAAUCUUACAACAAGAAUCAUGAAGUUAGACUUUUGUCACAUGGAUGUACUUCAAUGUACAAGGGGGAUAAUAAUACCAAAAAUCUUGGGUGUGUGUUCCUUAUAGAUAAGCCAUUGAAUUUAGAAUGGCUUAAUCCCCCAAACGACGGCGAUACAUUUUUGCAUAUUCAUCUUGGGUUCAUAAGUGUUGGUGUGGGUGUAAUUUUAGGAUUGCUAUUAUUUGGAGCUGUUUUAAUUGGGUUUGUAUUUUGUCUUGGUGGUAGAAGAAAACGGGGAUUAAUGCCCGAAGAAAACCCUCUCUUGUUUCCUCGGGCUGAUUCUGGAUUCAUGAGUGUUCUUACCGAUGAUGAUGAGUUCCACCCUUAUGACCGAGGAUACGAAACUGAUGUUGAUGUUUUGCGUACCGAGAGUGAACAGUUAUUGCCAACGUACGUGAAAAGAAAGAAGAUUAGAAGAAAGGAUUAUGGGUCAAUUAACUUACCAAGUCGAAGCAGUGUUCCAGUAUUGCAAAAGACAGAAAGCAGUCAAACCUUGCCUCGCAACAUCAAUAAUAGUGCUAAGAAUACCUUGAGUAGAGAUAGGAAUAUACCUGGUCUCUCUCAAUUUUAG